AUGAACAAAGUAGCGAGGAAGAACAAAACAUCAGCAAAGAAAACGAUCUGUCUCCGUCGUAACACACAGUUUUUCGAGACCCUUUGCUUCUUCGGCGCCGGUGGACACGUCAGCAUCUCCGGUAUCCUAGACUUCUUGGCUUUCGGGGUACAACAACCGCCUGGUGACGUCAGCACCGCUGCUGGGGAUGGAGAGGGAACAGAGUAG